GUGUUUUAGUUUGUGCCUCAGCUGCCGGCUGUAGCUUCCCAGGGGAGCCGGGUACCACCCGGGCUUGGAGACAUGAGGAGGCAGGGAUGUGAGAGGCAGGGAGCCGGACAGCCAGCCUUCCAUUAGAUGUCUGCUUCUCCGGAGGUAGCCUGCCCUGUGUGUUCUGGGUCUGGAGGCCCACCCUGCCUAUUGUCGGGCCUCCCGGGGACGCAGCAUCGGCUCCUUAAAGGGACAGAAGAUGCCUCCUUGCACGCCCACCUCCGGUAGAGCAUAAAGAAUUCUGUGCUGAGGAGGCAGCAGAAGAAAGCGGAAUCCAUCUACCGCCGCGGGGCCAGAAGAUGGAGGAAGCUGUACCGCGCCAACGGCCACCUCUUCCAAGCCAAGCGCUUUAACAGGAGAGCGUACUGUGGCCAGUGCAGCGAAAGGAUAUGGGGCCUCUCAAGGCAGGGCUACAGGUGCAUCAACUGCAGACUGCUGGUCCAUAAACGCUGCCACGUCCUCGUCCCGCUGACCUGCAGGAGGCAUAUGGAUUCUGUCAUGCCUUCCCAAGAGCCUCCAGUAGAUGACAAGAACGAUGGUGUGGACCUUCCUUCUGAGGAGACUGACGGAAUUGCUUAUAUUUCUUCAUCUCGAAAACAUGACAUCAAAGAUGAUUCUGAGGACCUUAAGCCCGUCAUUGAUGGCGUCGAUGGGAUCAAAAUCUCUCAGGGGCUUGGGCUGCAGGACUUUGACCUCAUCAGAGUCAUUGGACGUGGGAGUUAUGCCAAGGUCCUCCUGGUACGGUUGAAGAAGAAUGACCAGAUUUAUGCCAUGAAGGUGGUAAAGAAGGAGCUUGUCCAUGAUGACGAGGAUAUCGACUGGGUGCAGACGGAGAAGCAUGUGUUUGAGCAGGCGUCCAGCAACCCCUUCCUAGUUGGCUUACACUCCUGCUUCCAGACAACGAGCCGCUUGUUCCUGGUCAUAGAGUAUGUCAACGGGGGGGACCUCAUGUUCCACAUGCAAAGGCAAAGGAAACUUCCAGAAGAACAUGCCAGGUUCUAUGCUGCUGAGAUCUGUAUUGCUCUCAACUUCCUGCAUGAGAGAGGGAUCAUCUACCGGGACCUGAAGCUGGACAAUGUCCUCCUUGACGCCGAUGGGCACAUCAAGCUAACGGACUAUGGCAUGUGCAAGGAAGGCUUAGGCCCUGGUGACACAACAAGCACCUUUUGUGGAACCCCGAACUACAUUGCCCCGGAAAUCCUGCGGGGGGAGGAGUACGGGUUCAGCGUGGACUGGUGGGCACUGGGUGUCCUCAUGUUUGAGAUGAUGGCUGGGCGCUCCCCCUUCGACAUCAUCACAGACAACCCCGACAUGAACACUGAAGACUACCUGUUCCAAGUUAUCCUGGAAAAGCCGAUCCGGAUCCCCCGCUUCCUCUCUGUCAAAGCCUCACACGUCUUGAAAGGAUUUUUAAAUAAGGACCCCAAAGAGAGACUCGGUUGCCGGCCACAGACUGGGUUUUCCGAUAUCAAGUCCCACGCCUUCUUCCGCAGCAUAGACUGGGACCUGCUGGAGAAGAAGCAGGCCCUGCCUCCCUUCCAGCCACAGAUCACAGAUGACUACGGCCUGGACAACUUCGAUACGCAGUUCACUAGCGAACCCGUGCAGCUGACGCCAGAUGACGAGGAUGUCAUAAAGAGGAUUGACCAGUCUGAGUUUGAAGGCUUUGAGUACAUCAACCCGCUUCUGCUCUCCGCUGAGGAAUCCGUGUGAGGCCAUGAGCAUCUCUGUCGUGGACACGCCUGUGAAUGACCCUGUCACUUUACCCUUAACCACAGCAUAUGCAUGCCAGGCUGGGCACGAGGCUCCAAGCAGCCCGGAAGGAUGCUUGCCACCAAGACCAUGGAGGGGCGUCCAACAGGCGCUUCCGGACAGAGCAGCCUCUCGUGUUCAGGCCCCAGAGGCUGGCUUCGUGCUGGAGGAAUUGCUUCCUGUGCCCAUGGUGGCCCUACCAAGAGGGUAAGACUGUCACACCAUUUCGAAGGUGCACAUUUUCCACAGAAACAGAACUCGAUGCACUGACCUGCUCCAGGAAAGUUAGCGUGUAAUGUCCUGAGGAAUAAAAUGUACCGAUGAUGUCGAAGCUUCCUCUGAUGCCUUUUUUCUGAGUGGCACCCGCCCGAUGUCGCCAAUGUGGCCCCCAUGUGAGGAGGAGCUGCACUUUCCGAGCAGGCAGAACGUAGGCGGGGGACGGGCACCCAAGUGCCUGCAGGGAUGCACUGCAAGAAGAAUUGUUAGAUUCGGAACGUUUUCUAAAUCCCGGUAAGUUCCUGUUGUUAAUAUUUAACAAAUAUUUUCAUACCCAGUGUGCGGCUAGCCGUGGUGGUCCGAGGCUGAACUGACACCCUGGUCAGGUUGGUGGCACUGUUCCUACCAGCCCUUUGGACUCUGAUGGGGGAAACUGGAUUAUAGAGAUUCUAAAACAUUGCUCACCAAAGCACCAGUAGACCAAAAAAAAAGGAAAACAGAAUUGAAAACCCGCACAAAAUUUAUUUCUGAAAACACUAGCCAGUGCCUCCAAGAAGUCUGUUAUACGUUAGAUUUUUUGAAAAUAUUUUUAUCAUUAAUAUUCCAGAUUAGAAAAUUUAAAGACACGUGUGUGAUGGACCCUAGCCUUAAAGUGACAGAAUACCCACAAUCCCGCACUCUCCUGAGGAAGCAUGCCCACUUCCGUAACUGCCGUGAUCACCAUCCUCCUCCUCCUCCUCCUCCUCCUCCUCCUCCUCCUUAGAUUAGAGGCAGUUUAGAAAGCCCACCCAAGGCUUUCUGGAACGAUGUUCGCUAAGUCUUUAGCAGGUCAGGUGUGGCAGGAGCUGUCAUCUAAGCACCUCGGGCAGCUGCUAGUGGGCAGAAGAUGAAGCUUCACUGCAGUGACUGCACUCUUGGUCCACCCAAGCCGGGCUGGCCCAUGUGGGGAACAUGACACGUACCCCAAACCCUGCCAGCAUGAGACCCCAAGCCUCCUUGUCAGGCAGGGUGGAGGUUGGUCUCUUGCCACAGUUGCUUCAUGCCUUGAGGCUGGUGACCUUGGGGAAAAUCAAAACUUGGAGGCUCUGUUGCAGUGCUGCCUGCUUCACCAUAACACCCAGUGGCCACCUGCAGCCCUCACCCCAACACACUCAGGUUUCUCAGGCCAUCGCCAUGUCUGGCGCUGAACACAUCAGAGCCACACCCAGGUCCACGGUGCUGGGACAGAACACUAAGCACUCCAGGUCCCAAGGCCCUGAGGCAGCCCAGGCUUCUGGGUGGCUCUAACUUCUAUUGAACAUGGACACAUUUCAACCAGCACUUCCAGUGUCCACCAGUAAGACUUGUCUCCCAAAGACUGGUCAAAAAGAUGCAACUACAAGCCAAGAGCCAACUUCUGGGCCCCCCAAGUCCAGCCUGAGGAUGUCCAGGUAGCUGGAGUCCCAGGCCGAGGGCUGCGCAGUCACACCUGCCCACAAGAGGAGCUGCUAGGAUGCAGAGCCCACAAACGGUCCAAAAGCAGACCAGCUCCGUUCCUCCCAGUGUGCUACCUUAGGGCAGCAACAACUCCUUUGCCUGAACAACACAGGGGCCCUUGAUUUGUCAGAAUUGGAGGAGUUUAUUCAAAUAUUGCCCUGUUGCCAAAUGACUUGCUGAUUACUGGUUUGGCUGCUCGUGUACAAACAUGUGAAUAACAUUGUGACCACCAGAAGGGGAGAUUUUUAUAUAUAGUAAUUUGUUUUAUAAAUUAAAGUGAAGGAUGUAUUAAAAAUGUGGCUUGGGGAAAAAAUUAAAAAAAAAA